AUAUGAACAGCAGACGGACUCUAAAAAUGUCUGAAGUAACCACGCACUUGGUACAAAAAAGUCUUUCACGGGCGUCACCAUCUUUGUUGUACUCUUCGAGCUCUCCUCAACCCCCCCAACUCCCCCUACGUACUGUCUUCCCUUUCUUUCUGCGAAAAAAAUCUGAGGAUGAAGUGGGCGCCACCCAUAAUUAGCAGCGCCACCGCAGGCGGUGAGGGAAAGGCGGUGGUGUUCAAGUCAAAGCUGAAAUGGGUUGGACUGGUUGGCCUUGUUCUAUCAACUCUCUCUCUCUUCACACAUUUUCUUCUUGCCAGAUACACUGCUGGGACUGCUCUCUCCGAGUAUCAAUCUUCCAUCACCAUUUUCUCUUGGAGGCCCAUUUUUGACACUGCACAUCUUUCCACCACUAGUGGAUUACAAAGGAGACUUUGGGGGCCGAUAAGGCAUCUUGAAUCUUUACAUCCUUAUGCGAAUCCCCGGGGAAACUAUCCGGCUCCAGUUUUGCGAACAAAUGGAUUCAUCUUUGUAAAAAUAAGAGGGGGUUUUCAUGAGAUCAGGAACUCGAUUUGCGAUAUUGUUGUGGUUUCUCGACUGCUCAAUGCUACCUUAGUCAUCCCUGAGAUUCAAUCCACGACAAGCAGCAAGGGAAUUAGCACAGAGUUUAAGAGUUUUGCCUACCUCUAUAAUGAGGACCAAUUCAUGUCUGCUUUAUUAGAAGAUGUCAAAAUUGUCAAAACACUUCCAAAGAAUCUCAAAGGAUCAAGGAGAAAGAAAGAAAUUCCUUCUUUUAGAGUGUCCAGCACGUCGUCUCCAUCUUUCUAUCUGCAUUAUGUUCUGCCAGUAUUGAUUAGGCACUCGGUGGUCGAGAUUGUUGUAGCUGAUGGUGGAUGCUUGCAGUCUGUACUUCCGCCAACACUUGAAGAGUAUCAAAGGCUCCGAUGUAGGGUUACUUUUCAUGCCCUAAGAUUGAGAGACGAGGUCCGGGAACUUGCCACAAAAAUUCUGUACAGACUGAGAGCUUCUGGACGACCAUUUAUAGCCUACGACCCAGGAAUGACUAGAGAUGCUUUAGCAUAUUAUGGUUGUGCCGAACUCUUUCAGGAUGUACAUACUGAACUCAUACAACAUAAGCGAGCAUGGAUGAUAAAACGUGGAAUUGUCAAGGGAAACCUUUCUGUGGAUUCGGCCAAACAACGCCUUAAUGGGUUAUGUCCACUGAUGCCGGAGGAGGUUGGUAUAAUUCUUCGAGCAUAUGGCUACUCACGGGACACAAUUAUUUACAUAUCUGGGGGAGAGGUCUUUGGUGGACAGAAGAAAUUAAUUCCACUCCACGCUAUGUUUGAGAAUGUUGUAGAUAGGACUUUGUUAAGCAUGCCAUGGGAGUUGACUCAAAUGUAUGGCCGUGAAGCUAAUCUUGUCGACAAAUACCAUAAAAUGUCCCCUCCGGCUAAAGAAGAAAGAAAAAUGGAAGCAUGGAAAACUUCCGGACCACGUCCUCGUCCACUUCCACCGCCACCUGCACGUCCAAAAACAUACAAUAUCGAAGGUUGGUGGGGAUGGGUAGCCGAGAGUGAUAAUGAACCAGAAAGUACAGUCGUGGAGUUGAGAACCAAUGCUCAUAAAUUGCUAUGGGAAGCAAUAGACUACACGAUCUGUGUGGAAGCGGAUGUGUUCAUUCCCGGAUUUGAUCGUGAUGGUAAAGGAAACCCAAAUUUUGCUAGCCUGGUAAUGGGACACCGACUCUAUCAAUCUGCUGCCUCUAAAACAUAUCGCUUCGACAGGAAAGAAAUCGUCAAGCUUUUAGAAGAGAUUCGUGAUCAAUUUUACCAAGCCAAUCAUACAUGGAUAACAUCAGUACGCAGACAUCUUAGAAAAAACUUGGUCGAUGGAUUAUCUAAGGAAUCCACAAUAUCAAAACCACUAUCUUUUCUCUCGUUCCCAGUUCCCGAGUGCACUUGCUCAAAGAUAGACUCGACCAAAGUAUCAUCUCGUGCUUUGAGCCCUUCAUCAAACUCCCGGUUUCCUAAUGCACUUGGAGUUAUCCAUCAGUGUCCAUCUUGGAUGAAUGUUGAUAUGGUUUCUGGACCAAGGGGCGAUGAAAGUGAAGAGGAUCUUGGUGAAGAUGAUUUCUCAUCAACCGGACUUCUCUUCCAGCAGAGUACUGAAAAUAACGACGGAGGGGGUGAAAUGAGCAGUAAAGAAGACACUCAAAUCGAGGAUCAAGAAGAACUUGAAGGUAGUGAAAGAUGAAAAGAGGGUUUGUCGGAUUUUAUUAUCUAAUCCUUCUAACCAUUCAUAAACCUUUACGUCUUUUAUGACUGUUCCAACUGGUUCAAGCUCGGGUACUGUCCUCAAAUCAAGUUUUUGUCAUAUCAAGAUUGGUCCAGAGUAAUCGCAUUUAGAGACGGUUUGAUGGGAGCCAAAAUGUACUCGUUCUGUUUAUAUUCUUAAGACAGGUUCUAUGAGACGCAGAGAAUUGUGGAAGGAAUUUAUUCUCCCCACUACUAUUGCAAAAAUACUGUUGUAAUCCACCCGACCUAGUGCUUUGAGUAGUGCUUCUUUGUCAUCGUCAUGAAAUAGGAACUGACUGUAAAUUUCUUUGAAAUGUAGAACUAAUUUGAACAUAGUUCUGCCACAGAUUUGUAGUUAAACUUGACCAAGUUUCUUUUACUUGCAGAUCUGUUGAGGUGUUUUGUAA